AUUUAGUGACGUCCUGCCUGAACCCUGGAUGCAUAUCACUCCCUCACAGGUACAUCUUCACUCCACCUCCAUGGUUGAUGAGCUGGUGUGUGUAGUAGCUCCGGGGCUCUGAGACGCUGGACUGGCGUCAGUUCCUGCUCAGUGCGGCUCUGCCGUGGCCGUUUCCCUCUCAGACUCAGCUGUUAAAAACCCUCCAGCGCUGCAGAGCUGUCGACACUGCAGGAACCGGACUCAUCACACAAGAACAAUAUGCACAGAUUGAAUUGUGGUUUCCAAGUGAAAGAGAUCUUCCUGUCCCUGAUGACCCAGCUGAACCUCUGCCCUAUGACAGACUAGCCAAUCUUAAGAAGUUUUUCUUCAGUCUGUUUGCGAGCACACACUCAUCUCCGCUGAUGCUGGACUAUCUGAGCAUGCUGCUGUAUUUCUGCUGCCGUCCCGAACCGGCUCAGGGCUUCACCAGAGCACUCAGCCUCGUGAUCGGACACACACUGCACUAUAAACACACCGGCCCCCUCACACAGUCUGUGCCGUACAUGGAGGGCGCUGGAGUUGAGGAGUGUGAUGCUGAUGAAGAGGUGGAGUCUGAAGAAGCUGGCGUGUCUGUUGAUGAUGUGCUCAGAGUUCUGAAUCAUGGAGUUGAUCACGUCUCCUCACGGCUGAACCGCUUCCAGACAAACCACAGGAGCACAGAUGAACUCAAAGAGGAGCUGCUAAAGGUGUUUAAGGAGUUGGGUUUUAAAGGUGAGGAAAAGAUUCCUUUCUCCACGCUAUCCCAGCAUCCCUUUGUGCAGGACCUGAUGGAAGCAUCCUCACAGUACCUGCUUCCUGACAUUCAUAAAACUUUUCAGGCUCAGCAAACUGAAGACCUCAGAAGCUUCUCAACAUGAUGAACAAUCAAAACACACACACCAACACCAUUACAUGCAUCAGACAGGGUACACAAGUUGGACAAUCAUUAAA